CUGCUGAAUGCUGAUUGCUGAAUACGAAAAAGAGUUAUCGUCUGCUAAAGCGUAGCUGGUUACCAAACCUCACUAUACAUUAAGUUGUGUACAUGUUUUACAAAACAUUAAGGCUGUGAACUACUGUGACCGAUUUAACUUUGUAAGAGAGGAUUGUUUUAACUUUAACCUUCACGUGGAUGCAACAUGCAUUAGUGAAAAGAAAACACACUCGGACUUAUAUUGUUGACGUUAUUGCUAAAUAAACAACAAGUAACCUACUUUAUUGUGGUUAAGAUUGAUCUGUGCAUUUUUUGUAUGUUAAAAGCAAUAUUUUCACAUGCCAUGUGAGUGAAUCGUAUGCACAUAUUUGGCUUUUUCGUGUGUUUGUGGAGUGUAUGAUUAACGUGGAAUUAUAACAUCGAGUAAAAGCUCAUGAAAGCGUGGAAUAUUUCUUUUGUGUCUAUGUAUAAUCAACCUACUUAAACGCGUUGUAUUAAGUGUAUUAUAUUGAUUGAACUACAUUUAUUUACAUGUGAAACGUGGUACCGGUACAAGUGAAUUCUACGUUUCAAAAGCUUGAAUGUAGGUUAUGCGAUUAGCUGAUUUAAUCACACAGCAUCAACACUAACAGAGUGACAACGUCAACAAAGGCAAGAUAAUAAGCAAAACUAGCUACCAAUUACAUAAACAUCAUUCAAACUUCAGCCGCUCUUUAAAUCGCAUUGAAUUGACAGAGGUGAACACAGUCAAAGUCACAAUAACCAUGCAUAAACAGAGUCCAUCUAGUGAAAAACUGUCCACCUCGGACCUGAUAGCGAUGAUGGGGUCUACUCCACGGGCCUCCAUUACACCGAGAGGUUCAAUGAUGCAAAAACAAGUGCAGGGCCUCUCCGUCGACCAGGUGCAAGAGGCCCUUCUUGGUUUACUUGCAGAUGCUUCUGACACUGUGAUCCAAGACAUCAUCACGCCGUUCGUCCGUCCGCACGAGGACUAUGUCCGCAUUCAGCAGCUACUGCUCGAGAAUAUGGAGCGUGGUCUUAACCCCGCCACGCACGAUCACGCACCGGUGCAGAUGUAUCCUACCUACGUCCGUGAUGUACCCAACGGUGGAGAGACGGGUCAGUCGCUGGCGUUGGAGUUCGGGAGCCACCACCUGCGUAUCGAGCUCGUCACGCUCGAGAAUGGCACGUGCAAUUUGGACAGCAAAAAUGGGUUCAUCUCCGAGAAACUGCUAAAGACCGGUACUGCCGAACAGCUCUUCGACUUUCUUGCCUCCUUCGUUCAUCGCUUCCUGAAGCAACGGGAUCUCCUGAAUACGGCGGAGCCACUUCCGAUGGGGUUCACGUUUGCGUUCCCGUGCCGCCGCCUCGCGCUCAACCGUGCCGUGCUUACCCACUGGACGAAGAGUGUGCACGUGGAGGGUGUCGAGGGACAGGAAGUAGUAGCCUUGUUGGAGGCGGCCUUCAAAAAGAAAGGGGAAAUAAACAUUGUUGUGGACGCGGUUGUGAACGACACAGUAGGAACGCUGCUAUCUGGCGCCUUUGAGGACCCAACAUGUGCCAUAGGGAUCAUUUUGUCAAAGGGCGUGAACGCGUGCUACAUGGAGCGACUAGAUCGUGUGGGGACGUGGGAUGGAGAUCAAGAUCCGCCCUUACAGGUUGUGAUAGACACAGAAUGGUACGGGUUCGGGAGUGAUGGAUGCCUGGACUUCUUCAUGAACGAGUAUGACAGGGACCUGGACGAACACGCGAAAAGCCCAGGCAAGGGAACUUACGAAAAAAUGAUUUCCGGUGAGCAUCUUGGAGAGCUCGUGCGUCUCGUGCUCGCGAAACUACGAGAUUGUGACAUCAUGUUCCAGGAUCACUGGAGCGAGGAGCUGAACACCAGGGGUCGCUUCUACACCAAAUACAUCUCAGAAAGUCUAAGUGAGGAGGACAUUCGGUUCGUGCACACCCGGCACGUGUGGGAGGACUUACACCUGCCACAGGCUUCUGAGAUCGAGUGCCGUGUUCUCCACCAUGUUUGUCAACUCGUGUCAACUCGCGCAGCCACUCUGGUCGCUUUAGGCCUGGCUACGUUGAUAGACCGUGUCGCACAGACGGACGUGGUGGGAGUUGCGGUUGACGGCGCCCUUUACCGGUACCACCCGACCUUCCGAUCUAUUCUGAUGGAGAAAAUACCGAUCUUCAUGAAGACAACGAAACAGUUCCGGUUGGUAGCAGCCCCGGAUCGAAGCGGCAGGGGAGCGGCCCUUGCCGCCGCUGUCGCCGAAAGAAUUAAAGGCGGUAACCUGGAUCCACCGGUACCAAUGGUAAACAACUCUGACGGGGCAUCCGGUGGCGCUGACGAGAAACCGGAAGAGACGCCACUAGUUACACAGCCAGAAGUUAAGGCGUCUGAGGCAAUUGUAGGAGCAGCAUUAAAGGACAACGAUGCUGACAAUGCUUAAAAAUAAAUUAUUGUUGAAAUAUUGUUUAGAUGCUUAAAACUACAAGGUGAAAAGCAAAAGAAUGUUAGACAAUUUACGAUUGUGCCAUACAAGGUUUUUUUUCAUUUAAAAUGAACAAAUUAAUGCAUGUAUCUGAUAAAGGAUUGAGGUCUCGAUUAUAAGGCUUGGUUGUUCUGGAGUGACUUGGUACAAUAUGCACGUGGUCGAGGCCGGGGACAAGUCCAAGUGUCACCAAACAUGUAUACUUAGCAUAUAUACGAGAUAAGCUCGCUUAAAGAUGUAGACACUCGAAAAACACACAACAGAAUAUGAUUUUUACUUGCAAGUUAAUCAAAUACUCCAGGAAGCAUAACAUACUAAAAAGGCUAAUCUCAGACGUUGGUUGCUCCAUAGUAGGAGUGUGUAAUGUUGUUCCUGAAUAUACUCAAUAUGUAUGAAACAUUCACUUUAGGCAGAGAUUCACAUAAGAGAGAGAAAUGUGAUGUAUUUUAUUGUGGUAAUACUUCCCCGAAUGAAAUAAGGAUUUAAAAAUGCUUGAUUGUGACGGAGCCAAAGAAAUGCAAACUAAAACUAAAAUUUGCAGAAUGGUAGAGGUUUAUAAAUUCAUUGAUUGUUUCCAUACAUUGUAUUCUUACAUGUUUUGCGAAAAUACUUAAUAAAACGUAUAACGUAAACGCUAUUA